AUGGCAACCACUACCACGUCGAUUCGGCCCAAUCUUCAUCUUCAAAGAAGGGCGAGUGGUUCUUCUCCGUCUCCCUCCACUUCGCCUUCGUCUGCCCACUUGCUGCCUGAUUUUAUCGUCACCACCCGCCCAACGAAUGAGAGAUGGCAACCGUCGUCGGCCAAGCUGCCGACCUGUCCCGACAACCAGCACCAGCGACUGCGACGGAGCGACCUCGUGGAAGUAAACGGCUCGCUCUGCUGUCCCCUGUGCGGACUAGAGAUCGCGCCAGUGCUCAUCGUUGAAGACCUCGACGGUCGGCAAAACGUGCCCGCCAUGUACUGGCUCAACGGCUACCGUGGCAGCCCCGACAACUACACCUUCGGCCGCGGCGACCAACUCGACCCGAUGAGCGAGAACCUGUGA